AGACAGAAAGAUGUACUGGUAAUUAUGAAUACACAAGUGCACUUAUACUGUCAUUGACACGGGACAUAUCAUUGUAUGGGGCAACCUAUAUUCAUGGAAUCAUAAAAUACUGAUUAGUCUUUUGGAAUGUUUUCGUUUACUUCAAAUGAAGAUGACCUAAAAUAGGAAAUAAUUGGCUACCGAUAGAUUCACGUGAAAGUCAUUACACACCCUCAAAUCAAUGUAGACUGAACCUAGGAUGACGCAAAGACAGGACGUGCUGCAGAAACAACGCCCAUUAUACACCAUAACGAAAGAAAAAUGUCAGGGAUUCGCUUAGCCUUUCUUAUUGUUCUUUGUUUAUCGUCAUUAUCUAUAAUUGCGAUUGGUUUAAACUUGCUGCUCCCAAGGCCUGUCAUAAAAGCAUCCAAUAGACGAACGUCUGAAUUCGAAAGCAUCACUGAUGAAGAAAAGAACAUAUCGACCCUAAUUGAUUUAUUAAGAAAUACUCUGGUUAAUUUAAAUGAGUCGGUGACCACAAAAGCUGUUCAUGCCAAAAAAGCGCUUAAACCAACAGCAAGACCAGACCAAUGUGUAUCGUGUUUCCCCAAAUCUUCUUACAUUUUUCCCAACUAUAACGUCUGCUCAACGGAGCAUCCAAGGUCACAAGACGUGAAACUACUAUUGCUCAUUUUUACAACUCAUGAAAAAACAAGGAAUCGGAAGGCACUGCGUAAGACAUGGACUAGUAUUGCAGAAAAUAACACAGCGAGGGUCAGAUACGUCUUUCUUUUGGGGAAACAUGACGACCAUAACUGGAAUAAAAAAGCCUUGGCUGAAGCAAAGCACUAUGGAGAUAUCGUCAUCAGCGAUUUUAGAGAAGUUUACAAAAACCUCACUUUAAAGACAAUAUCUGGUUUUCAAUGGGCCGCUGGAUUUUGCCCGAACGCCAAAUAUAUUAUGAAAACAGAUGACGACAUGUGGGUGAACACUCCAAAACUGUUAAAGAAUUUAGACAGGUGGCAUAUUUCGAAAGAAGUUGUAGGAUUCUGUCUUCCAGUUGAUGAUGUCCAUCGAGAAAAGGAUUCCAGGUGGUACGUUAGUCCACUCGAAUAUCCCCAUUCCAAAUACCCGGGUUUCUGUUCGGGAACUGGAUACGUCACCACCAUGAGCGUCAUGCAGGCCAUUGUCGGCGUCUCUCCACAUAUACCGUAUUUCUUCCUAGAAGACAUUUAUGUAGCCAUUUGCAUUAAGAAAUUGGGAUAUACACUGCGUAGAUUGAGGGGCUUUUACAAUGACAAGGUGCCUUUUGACCCAUGCAUGUAUCAACAAAUGAUAACAAGUCACAACGUCACAAUGUGGGAACUAGAAGAGGCAUGGAGUCCAAAAUGUUCCGGUACAGAUAUUGCCAAAGAAACUUACCACUUAAAACACGCAAUUUCUCACAAGAAGAUGAACAUUAAAUUUCCUCUAUUUAAGAUAACAAGUCGAACAUCGAAUUUAUCCCCUUAAAG